AGUUUCGCCAGUCUAGUGAGACCGAAGUUUUCAGAUUCACCCGAGUUCGGGUGCUUCCGUCAUACUGUCAAUCAGCUGGGCUUGUUGACAAACAAAAUAAUUUGAGAAAGCAAACGACACCAGAGUUAAAAUUUGGUAUUGGAAUGGUGGCAGAUACGCUGGUUUUUCGUGUUUUUGUCCUUUUUCCCUCCACUUCCAUUCUUUUUUUCCAUCGAGACGUCUGGCAACGCUCUGCACAUUUCUAAUAUUUUUCCGUCGAUGUGACGAUCCGACGUACUCCACUGUGUACAUCUGUUUAUCCCGACCCCAAAUUUUCUUUAAAAAGCUCGUACAAUAUGAUUAUACAUUUGUAUUUUGGUGAAAAUAAACUUCUACUCACCUUAAAAAGCUCAUCUGAGUCGUUGGUGAUUAAACAAUCAACCUAAGAAAUGGACGAAAGUGGCGAAUUUAAUUUAGUUUUGAACCGCGACUGCCUCUUGGAGAUAAUGAAAUACGUAAUUACUGGUUGCGAAUUAAAAAAACAUUGGAGCAAAAUGUUGAAGUAUGAUGAUUUAAUAAACUUUGUGUUGGCCCAUGAAAUUUUCCUGGAUUUACUUGAGACUUAUCACAAACGUCUGUACGAGGUUCUUGAUUUGUUUCUUACGUGCAGGAUAACAAAGCUACUAAUAGAUCUACGAGUUAAUAAGUUGUCUAAAAGAAAUGAAUUUUUUUGGAUAUCCUACCUACAAUCUAUCAGAGAAAAAGAUCCUUUCUAUGUUGAACUACAUUUUAAAAAUAAUAUGCACGAUAAAUGCCUGGUUUACGUCAGUAUUAAAAAAAAAACGGCAAGAGAGCAGGAUUUUAUCGUUGAGUGCGUCAAGUUUGAUGUUGAUGUUACUGCAAAAGAUUUAUAUGACAUCUGCACCAGGAUCCCAAACUUGAGUAAUUUAGAAGUUGAAGGCACUAAAAUCCAUGGAAUACUUGCUGAUAUCGGACGCCAUUGCAAAGAUCUUCAGGUGCUGGCAGUUCAUCUAAGCCCGGAAGGCGGGGCCGCCCAAUAUUCAUCACUGGUAUUGUUGCCCAAUUUAAAAUUUUUUACUAUAUCUGGAGUCCAAGAAAGCGGAUCGCAAUUGCUAUUUUUUGAUGAUUUGAGAAAAUUGCACAGACCUAAAAGUUUACCACCUUUGACCCUGUUUAUCACAGAUCACUUAAGCAAUAAAGGUCGGUAUAUUACGUUACCGACUUUUGACUCUUUGCAUUCUUUCGACAUAAGGAAAGAUGAUCGAUCAAAUGAUAUAUGUGUUACAGCACAGUUCGAUUUAUGUGAAACAUCGGAAGAAAGUAAUUUAAUUGAGGAAUCCCUAGUAACCAUACCUUUAAAUAAACAAACCUUAAUUGAGUUUAACAGAAAUAAAGCGAAACUUAUGUUAAAUAUACAUAAUGAGUCGGACAUUGGCCAAAUGGGUUCCUUAUCAAAGCUGCCCAAUCUAAGCCGAUUGACUAUAUAUAACAAACGUAAUAAAUUUAAAGAUCCCAAGCCACUGGCAAAAUUCCUCCAAUCAAUGAUCCCAAAAAGGUCAUUCGCCUUGAAAUAUAUCUUAAUAAAUUAUAUAUCAAUAGAUCAAUUAGAGGCCGUAGAACUUGCGAAAAUAGAAUCUAUUCGAUUUCUGGCUUGCCAUUUGUCCGAAUGGUAUUCCAUGAAGUUUUUAAGUCAGCUAAUAAACCUGCAACACCUUGUUAUUAAUGUCCGCGAGUCCAUUAAUUCCCAUACAUCAGAGCUACUUUUUGACUUGCUAAUUGCAUGCCAGGUGCAAGCUACCAUAGCUUGCAAAGAUUUUACCCUCAGAAAGAAUGAAAAAAAGGUGCAGAUUUAUAAGCGGCCAUCGUAUGCAGAAAUGAACGACGUCAAUACCAUCGAGACACCAGACCUUCCAAUUAAUGAAACACUAAAUCCACUCUUCCAAGCAUUUCGCCACCAGCAAUUUGAGUACGAUCGAAGAAUUUCAUAUAAGUGGACUGAUAAAUAUAUGUUUUAAGGAUAUCUCAAAAGUGGCAGAAAGUUCAAACCAUUAAGAAACUGUCGUGCUCCCUCUCAGAGCUAUCUGGAAUUGAGAAAUUGGCUGGACUCAACAAUCUCCAGGAUUUGGAUAUAUCCGGAAAAGGAAACCUUACCGCACUUUUCACAAAGCUGGCUGAGAAGAAUAUACUUCAACGAUUUCGAUAUUCCGAAGAACUCGUUCCUGAAGAGGUUAUAAGGGUUUCCCAAAUAAAGUCGCUAAAAAAACUUGAGUGCAGUUUUUCGGACUGGGAGGACUACCAAUCCUUGACAGAGCUAGCUAGCUCGAAUGUUGAAGAAUUAAUUGUACUGAUACUAAGUCCAAGCUAUUCGCUACAAAAAUUUUUCGGAGCGUUUUCUUCAAAUAGUUUAACUAGGUUGCAGCACCUGGAAGUUGAAUUACCACGUAGAGCUCUAAACAUUGCAGAAAUGUCUGAAAUUAUUGGAAUAAAAGGUUUGAAAGUGUUACGUGCAGGAUUGGAUCGAUUACCCAAUCUACAGCACUUGAUACUUGAACAUUCUACUGUUAUUGAUAUGAACCCUUUGGAAAAUGUAUUAAGGGUUUUAGUACACAAAUCGCCGGCAACACUUCAAAAAUUGGACUUGGAUAAUAUCUUAAUUGGAUUCAAUGAAUGUAAUUAUUUGACCCAACUUGAAACAUUGGAGUCUUUGAAAUGCAAUUUACGCAAAGAACCUGGUUUAGAAGUUUUGGCAAACAUUAAAAAUCUUAAAGAACUAAUAAUCUGUGAGGCACAAGACUCGCUCGCUGAACUUUACCGGGCGUUUGCUCUUAGAAGUGACUCAAUUUUACAAGAUCUUCAUACACCAAUUACAUUUAAUGAAGAAAUCUACGAAAUAUCGCAAAUAAAGUCACUACAAAAAGUUGAUAUUAGCUACAAACGCUUAUGUAGCAACAUAUCAGAGCUGGGAAAACUAAUUAAACUUGAAUCAUUGUAUAUAUAUAAAUUGUUUUUUUUCCAAUUUAUAUAUAAAUAGUCUGUUGCCGAUGUUUGAAUCUUGUCAAAAGCUCGAUUACGUCAC